AUGCAGAUCUUCGUCAAGACCCUGACUGGCAAGACCAUCACCCUCGAGGUUGAGUCUUCCGACACUAUCGACAACGUCAAGUCCAAGAUUCAGGACAAGGAGGGUAUCCCCCCCGACCAGCAACGCUUGAUUUUCGCCGGCAAGCAGCUUGAGGACGGCCGCACCCUCUCUGAUUACAACAUUCAGAAGGAGUCCACCCUCCAUCUUGUCCUCCGCCUCCGUGGUGGUAUGCAAAUUUUCGUCAAGACCCUCACUGGCAAGACCAUCACCCUUGAGGUCGAGUCAUCCGAUACCAUCGACAAUGUUAAGUCGAAGAUUCAGGACAAGGAAGGUAUCCCUCCUGACCAGCAGCGCCUGAUCUUUGCUGGAAAGCAACUCGAAGACGGCCGAACCCUUGCCGACUACAACAUUCAGAAGGAAUCUACCCUUCAUCUCGUCCUCCGCCUCCGUGGUGGUAUGCAAAUCUUCGUCAAGACCCUUACUGGAAAGACCAUUACUCUGGAAGUCGAGUCAUCCGAUACCAUUGAUAAUGUGAAGAGCAAGAUCCAAGACAAGGAGGGUAUUCCUCCCGAUCAACAGCGACUCAUCUUUGCUGGCAAGCAACUUGAGGAUGGCCGAACUCUUUCGGACUACAACAUCCAGAAGGAAUCUACUCUCCACUUGGUUCUCCGUCUUCGUGGUGGUAUGCAGAUUUUCGUGAAGACUCUCACUGGCAAGACCAUCACUCUUGAGGUCGAAUCCAGCGACACUAUCGACAACGUGAAGAGCAAGAUUCAGGAUAAGGAGGGUAUCCCCCCUGAUCAGCAGCGUCUUAUCUUCGCUGGUAAGCAGCUGGAAGAUGGUCGCACCUUGAGCGACUACAACAUCCAGAAGGAGUCAACUCUCCACCUCGUUCUCCGACUUCGCGGUGGCCAACUGAUAUAUCAGGCUAUGCCGUCUUACUUCUAUCACCUCAAAUUCGAGCUUUAUCCGACUCCUGAUCCGGUCGCUGCAGCAUCAGCAGCUGAAGCUCAAGACGAAAUUUGGCUUCCAUCUACUGAAGCGGGUGUCUUCGACGACUUUCCAUCCCACCCACGACCAGACCGACGAACCACUUAUAAAGUUUCGAGAUCUAUAGAUGCCCAGCACUACCCAGCGAACCACGCAACUCCAUAUACUCUUACAGGGCAAAACUCACCCUCGUCGAAUCUCGGUAUAAUAGAUUGUGGCGCAGCCGCGAGGCCAUCGGUCAAAGACUCUGGACGGAAAAUCGAGAUUGUAACCGAAAGACAGUGGCUCGAGCGAGCUAAUAGCUUUCCGCCCCCGAACUCAAGUGUCGCGAUACAUCCACAAAACGCAGUUAGAGACUGGCGGUUUGGCCGUGUUAGCCUCGAGACGGUCGACCUUAGGACUGGGCACGCAAUGGCAGGCGAGGCGACCCGAAGUGGCCCUUCUGCGGCUCCUUCACUAGGGCCAACGUUUGGGGGAGCCGGUACAGCGACAAAAGCCGAGUUUCUUCCUCUAGAGACAAAGAAUACUGAGCUUGGCUGGGGAGUUGUGCACUUUUACAGAGAAGAAGACGAGACUUCCGGGCUCAUCGAGACGGCCCAUCAAGAAACUGAAGCGAGUGGCUCAAAGGAUACUGACUGCACAACCCUCUGUAUACCAGCAGUUCCGGCGUAUAUGUCGCCAGGUGAUCUGAUGGGUUUCGUCGGAGAAAAGUGGAGGGGAGAUAUCAGCCAUUGCCGUAUGGUUAUGACAUCGCGGAUGAAUAGAUAUCUUGUCUUGCUCAAGUUCCGAAACAAUUUUCGAGCCAAGCAAUGGCGGAGAGAGUUUGAUGGAAAGGUAUUUAAUACCGUGGAAUAUAACAUUCGAAACACCAACACGAAGGAAAUCAAGCGGAGCUCUUUCCCCCUUAUCCUCGUCGGCUGGCAUGUCAAGCAGCCUCAGGCCGUUUCCCCCUCCGACACCGAAUCUCGUGGAAUUGCCAACUUGCCCUACCCUUCGGGGCCUCAUUCGCAGCCAUUUGGGUCUGGAGUCUCGAAUCUCUGCAGCAUCUGCGAUUGCACAGAUGAUCUAUGGAUUUGUUUAAUUUGCGGCUAUGUGGGCUGUGGCCGAUACAAAGGUGGUCAUGCAAAAGAUCACUGGAAAGAGACAGCCCAUUGUUUUGCUCUGGAGCUGGAAACGCAGCAUGUCUGGGACUACGCUGGGGACAUGUGGGUUCACCGACUGAUACGAGAUAAAGGUGAUGGGAAGGUUGUGGAACUUCCUUCGAGAAAUAGGUCAGUCGGUCAUCUGGAGGAAGAGGAUGUUGUUCCUCGAGCCAAGCUGGACAGCAUUGGUCUCGAAUACACGCAUCUUGUCACGAGUCAACUGGAAUCUCAAAGGGCAUACUAUGAAGAACUGAUCAGCAAGACCGUCGAUAAGGCCUCGAAAGCUUCUGCUGCUGCCGAGGAAGCUGCAGCACAAGCCUCAAAGGCCAUGGAAAAGCUGGCAGUGCUCGAUGAAAAGUAUACAACCCUCAGUCAGGAAACGAUACCAGAGCUAGAGAAGCAACUUGCUCGAGAGCGCAACAAGGCAAGCAAGAGCGAAACAUUAGCACGCAACCUUGGCAAAUCUCUUCAAGAGGAAAAACGUUUGAACGAGGGACUGAUGAAGCGGAUUGAGCAUCUCAACAGCGACCACGAAGCGAUAGUCAAAAAAUUGGAGAAACUCAAAGGAGAGAAUGCUGACCUUCAAGAGAUGAAUCGCGAUCUGAGCAUGUUUAUAUCGGGGCAAGAGAAAUUGAAAGAGUUGGAAAAUGAGGGCAAGAUCGAGGAGGGUGAGCUUGAAGGCGGCAGCGCAAGUGUCCCAGAGAAGAAGAGCCGGCGACGGGGAAAACGCUAA